AUGCCUAGCGUUGCUGUGAAAUUAUACAGUGUGUUUUUUAAAUUGAUAUUGAAGCGACGGUUACAGAAUCGAAUCCAGAACCCUAAUUUAAACGAUGAGACGAAUAGCUCAUUUGGCGUUACGUCACGUCCUGAAGAGACGAUCGUGGCUGCAAAUCCUUUGUUUACCGACGGCGUUGCUACCAAAGACAUCCAUAUAGAUCCUUCUUCAUGUCUCUCAAUUCGUAUCUUCCUUCCUGAAACUUACGGUUCCGCUGAUGCGUAUAGUGUUUCGGCAACUCCAAGCAAUCGGAGGAGUAGUUAUUGCAAUGGUUUUAGUACGGAUGAUCUGAAUUUGAAAUCGGAGAAUGGUGUUUACAGAGCUGUUGGAUACAGGCUUGCACCUGAGAAUAGAUAUCCAGCUGCCUUCGAGGAUGGGAUAAAAGUGCUCCAUUGGCUGGCGAAACAGGCAAAUUUAGCAGAAUGUGGCAAAUCCCUAGGGAGAUCACCUGAUUCCAGAAAGUCAGAUGUUCAAGGGCAUAUUGCAGAUGCAUUUGGGGCUUCUUUGGUUGAGCCUUGGCUAGCUGCACAUGGAGAUCCAUCCAGAUGUGUUCUUCUUGGUGUGAGUUGUGGUGCAAACAUUGCUGAUUACGUGGCUCGCAAAUCAGUGGAAUCUGCUAAACAACUUGACCCAGUGAAGGUGGUGGCUCAAGUUCUGAUGUACCCUUUCUUCAUUGGAAAUACCCCUACACGUUCUGAGAUAAAACUAUCAAACUCAUAUUUUUUUGAUAAAUCCAUGAGCAUACUCGCAUGGAAACUCUUCCUCCCUGAAGAACAGUUCAACCUAGACCACCCUGCAGCCAAUCCCCUCAUCACCAACAGAGGUGGGCCCCCUCUGAAGCGAAUGCCCCCUACAUUGACAGUUGUGGCAGAACAUGAUUGGAUGAGAGAUCGGGCGAUUGCAUAUGCACAGGAGUUAAAGAAGGUGAAUGUGGAUGCACCUGUUCUUGAUUACAAGGACUGUGUUCAUGAAUUUGCUACUCUUGACAUGCUUCUUAGGACACCUGAAGCACAGGCUUGUGCAGAGGACAUUGCUAUAUGGGUGAAGAAAUAUAUCUCACUUAGAGGUCAUGAGUUUUCAUAUUAGCAAAACGGAUUUUUAAGGGAGGAAGAGAUAGAUAUCAUACAUAGAGGCACGCAUGGUUUUGUUCUGUUUUUUUUGGUAAGAUCACACGAUUUGAUUUUCGUGAGAGUAUAGAUUGAGUUAUGAGAUAUAAUACCUACCUACCCAUUUUGGUUCAUCCCAUCCAUGUGCUCCAUGUUGGUGGAUAGAUUUGGUUUCCCUUGUAAAACUAGUGUAACAUUUGUACCCAUGGAUUAUAUCCACAUGAAUCUCUCUCUCAUCUUGUGUUUAUUCUUCAUGUUUCACUUCCAUUGUAUGUCUCCAGUAUUAUAUAUGUUUGGUUCAUCAGUUUGUUA